CAUGUACAACUACAUCACAAACUAUUCGCAGAAGAACGAACUCGCCAUAUGAAUUGAACCAACGAAGACGUCAAACAAAAAUACUGUCAUCUCAGUCGAGUCCUAAGGGCAAUAAAUUCCCUAUUGAUAAUCUACUGAGAGUGGGUGCUGCGUGAAAAAGUUUUGGCUUUCCCGUUCUCAAUCAACAUAUUUGUAUGAUCUUCUGUCCAUAUUAUAUAUACAUCAUCUACUUCAUUAGUCUCAGUAAGUUUAAAAAUUUGCAGUUAAAGUACUUAAUUCAUCGUCGGCAUUUGCGCUUGAAGGUAAUAGCAAAAGCAGCUUGAAUGAUGCUGUAUACGUUAAAACAAUUCGAAGGUAAAGAGAAAGUUUUUUUUUGAUGUUUGAAUUGAGAUGGAUUAAAAAGGAAGGUAAAGAAGGGAUUACGCAUUGACUGUUUCACUUCUAUCAAUUUGUUUUUCCUCGAUCUGGAUUUUUGCUAAAAUCUCAUGAUAGAAGUUCUUUGUCUUUUCGGAUAACCGACUUGUACGCGAGCUUUUCGUAGUUAACACAUCACUUGUUAAAGAAACAAGCAGCAGACACACCUGCGACCAAAUAGAAGCUUAGUAGUAAAACUACGAGUGCUAGUACAAACUCCGUCAAAUAUAACGACGGAUACCAACGGAAACUCGAAAGUACGAGCAACAUUAUUCAGCAGUCGCACUCGCAGAAGUGCGCCACAGAAAACUAAAGUCAACGAUGCCGACCGCUAUCGAUUCGAACAGUUCAAGCAAGGUAUUGCUGUCCUUUUUAGAUGGCAUCUUCAUCUGAUUUCAGUUUUUUUUUUCUCGGAUGAAAGUCGGACUAACUCUACUUCUCCACGUCAUAAUUUUUGAUUUUUGUCUCGCUUGUAUUGUCGUAGUCGUUCAUACUUGCAACUCCAAUGAAGACAGUUCCACUUCUGCAGAAACGUUUCGGCAAUUACCACUAUCGGGGAGAAAGUCAAGCCAUGAUCAUUAUCUUAUAAAACUUUGUAGUCUAAUAUUAAUUUUAAUCACUUGAUUUGCUUAUUAUCAUCUAGUAUCUACUUCUACGAGAUAUCUACUAGUGGGAGUUUCGUAUUUUGGAAUGGGAAUGAAAUAAAUUAGUAUUAGAAACCAAAAGUAAGGUCUUCGAGGACCAGCCGGAUCGCAUAGAUCUAAAGCUACCCAGCCCGAUAAAAGAACGCAGGCGAGACCUGGAGGACACCAUGACAGCGGGGACGGACUCAACCGAAGCCUUCCCCCUUCUCAACCGGGAAAGUGUGACCAUCUCACGAAAGACGAGCACAAUCACGGAGCCCACCCGGAUGCUCUCUGGUUCCUCCUUCAGCUCCGGGAGUAGUCGUGAUGUUGGCGUGGCGGAUGUCCAUGCUGGCAACAGCUUGAUGAAGCAAGAGGGAGGUGAGACUAGUACUAGUAGAAAUGUAAUGGGUCUUCAAAACGGUGAUCAGGGACAGCAUCCGCAUGCAGAUACGUUGAUGCGAAGCUGGAUGGAAGCUUCCUCCAGUACCGCAGCCAUCAUGUCAGAUGCAAACAUACAGGACAGAGCAAGCGACUCGAACAAAGCAACGCAUCCCCAGCACAUCAAGCAUGAACAUCUUCUACGACAGCAUGCAUCAGUCGAAGAAUCACAACAACAUGGGCACGCGGUGCAAUAUUCAGACUCCCGCGCUGACGAUGUCGCUGCUGCGACCCCAGUGGGGAGCUUUAACGGAUUGUCGCUGACAUGUUACGAGGAGACACGGACAGAACCAACAGACCACGAUGACAGCUACUACACAGGUCACCCACAUGAUGCACAAGGAACAGAGGAUCUACUCCCUGACACCGCUGAGAUUGCCCGCGGCAUGACAGCAGGCGACGUCAUUCAGCACGCCGCAAUAUAUGGAGGCCACUAUAGCUCCACUCUAUACGAACAGUUCGCAGCGCAUCACUCUGGUGCGCCUACAGCUUUAGCCGGCAUCUCAAGGGGACUGACGUUGCAGGGAACACGACGCCAAGCUCUACAAGCAACAGAUCCCCACGAUAUUGCUGCGCAAUACCAUCAGCAAGGCAAGCAGGGGAUCUCUGGGCCGCGUGUAUACAACCGGAAAGGGAAGAACGCAACGGCUACAACAACAGGGCCACCGCCGCCACCAGGACUCGAGAUGACAGCAGCAACCUCAAACCAGGUCGCCGCUCCUCAACGUUUCCAGGGCUUUUAUGAUUAUGGUUGGACCUGGAGUCGCAGUUUCUUAUUUGUGCAUUCUAUGUCUAUUUGAAAUUUGUUGGUGUAUAUUUAUGUUUGUCGAUCUGUGUCGUGUAUCCUUCAACAUCAUUUCGUUCUUCAUCCAUGUGCAAACCAAAGAUUAGGAAUUCUUUGUUCAGAAUUGAUUUUAUUUCUCAUUUUGAAAACUAUGCACUUGACCCAGCCGCUCUUUCGAAGUCGAUGUCAUUGCCGAAGCUUUGGUGUUGGCAUGGUUUCCCAUAAGAAAUCAAUUUAGCACUGAUGCUCGCUUCAAAUGUAACUGCAGCGGUGCAGUGUCUUAUCUAUUUUCCUCUCUAAUGCAACCAGGCAGUGGCAGCGCCAGCAGCGUAUCAAGGAGGGGCCAGUGCUAAGAUUGGCGAAAAACAAGGGGGCGCAUACACUAAGGGACACGGGAAAUUUGGCAAGCAGAACGGAAAGGAGGCGGCGUCGAUGUAUCCGGCUGUAUCAACGUUAUGAGCCCAGCACUAGCGCCUACAUAAUUUUUGCUAUUUGCUGAAUUUCCACGCGUCGUUUUCGGAAUACUCUGACUCAUCUUUCUCACUUUCGCACUUCGAUCAGCUUAAUUGGAAGUGGGGCGUCUUUGAUUCUAUUCUUCUUGAUUACACUAUUAAUUCUUAUUUCUUAGUCUAGACUGGUCGUGGUUGUUUAUGACACGAUCUAGAAGUUAGAGCCAUGAUUGUGCGAGGAAACUUGUUGUCGGGAAUCAGACUUGUGCUUAUAAGUAUGAUCUUCCGCUUUCAUAUUGCAGCAGUAACGUGUACGCGCAGCGCCGCUGUGGGUCAAACAAGCAAGGAGCACAGCCGUUUUUUGGACAACACAGCAGCGACGCGAUGGCGAACUUUGUUUCGACGGCGUACGGCUACGGAUAUAGUGGCGGCAAGGGAUCGCAUUACGCAGGAAAAGGGCCUGCCGUUCCUUCUUCUGGGUUUCCACAUGAUUUUACUGCGUCAACUAGCAUGCCGCCAGCCGCCCCUUCGCCGAUGUUGGAAAAAGGCGCGUGGUUUGCUAUGAGGGGCAGUAAGGGGGUAAUGCAGCACUUCAACAACUACAACAGCACACCAGCCGCUACUAUUCGAGUGGGCCACUUUCCUUUUGCCCCCUAUGCUGCGUCCAAUCUGCAACACCAUGGGGACCAAUUCGCAGCUUCCAUGUACAACAAUCAUCCCCAUGACAAUGCAGCGCAACAUCUUCACCCGCUACAGCAGGACACUGCCACACAACUACAGCACGUCGCAGCUCAUCGCGCUUCUACCGACGGCAACGGAACACAAACGCCCCCAGGCUCAUCCGCCGCUUCAUCAACGGACAACGCGGGCGGCAAAACAGUCCAUGCGCAAUUAGUGGAAGACGCGCUUGCGCAUGUGGCUCGCAUCAACCGCGAGAAUCAGCUACGAUCUAACGCCAGGUCUAGACUUGUGAAUGCGGGAAAAGUGGUCGACGACCAGCAGAGCGAGGAGGGAAAGUUGCAGCAUUUUUUUAAGAAUAACCCGGUAUGCGGCAACCCGAUCUGUCGCCAGUUGUUGCCAUUUCAUGGAAGCGGAAUCUGGCGCGUUUUUUGCAGAGGUUGCAUCAAUUUCAUGGUUACACAAUGCUGCAAGGAAGAGGUGUGCCCUUUUUUCUUACGCUCGCCAUUUUUUGAAUUUUUCAACUCACGAACGCCCUAGCUACGCACGCGAUAGAAUCUACUUGCUUUACUGUGUCCCAGCCUCACUCAAGGCGCCUUUUGUUUAUAGAUUUUUUCUCUUUGUUUAUCAAUCUCGUUUUGCUAUCUAGAUGGCACAUUACAGCGGGAAAGUUUUUGUCCUCCAUCAAUUUUGAAAAAAACUCAGGUUAUCUGCAAGGCUGAAGAUUUUGAAAAAUGGGACUCAAGUUUGCCGCUGAUGUGGGAGGGUGUAUAUGAAGAGCUGCGCACUCUUUUGCCGGAUUUAGAAACUCCAAGAGCCACUAUUCCGCAGGCUUUAGGCAAUGCUACGAGGACCGACAGCGAGACGCUGAAGGUAUUUCAUUUCUUACCUCUCUCUUCUACUUCUCUCCCAGAUAUUUUUCUUCCUCGAUGUUUCUCUUUGCUAUUUGUUACUGUAUGAAGAUCUCUCCUACCCUUGAUAAAUAUUUCUUGCUUGUACAACUUAUUUAUAUUUUUCUAAUCCUUCAACGGCUUGCUUAUUCCAUCUUGCGUCUUAUUAUAUCCGUCAGGGUCAAACUCAAUUAAUUAUAUGACUAUCACGCCUCUUGGCUUUUCUUUGUGCCUUGGCGACUUGAUACAUGCGACUCAUUGAUUCUAUUUUUUUCGAUGUUAGUAUGUACUUUGCAACACAACAUCCAUCCAUCUCUUACCUUUGCAAUUCACAGAUCUGCUACUCUGCCUGGCCCUUUCUGUUUGGACUUGAACGUCGAGAGAACAGCGGCGCGACUAAUGUUCCCGAUUCCGAUAGACACUGUCGAGGAGUAGUCAGCUAUAGCGGAAAAUAUCUCGUCAAAGUUCAAGCAACGGAAUGCACUAACUUAUGGCCUCGGAUUUUGUAUUUUAGCUUGCUCCUCCCUUUCAUUUACUCGAAUGCUCAAAAUACGCAAGUAACAAAAACAAUGGGCGAGUAUCUGAGAUUAUUGCCUAGCGUACUCGGUUACUUCAGUUUUUCGAGUACAUUACUUGGAUAUUUCGUGUUCUUCUCAUGAUUAUUUUCUGCUUCUGGGCCUCAGGCCGCAUCCUGGCUCCGCAGUUCUUCUUCUUGUUGUAGUAACUCUACUACUAGGGCUCGAUGUGAAGGAUCUAUAACAGCCUAAACUGUAACCUUCAUUUUCGCACAGGGUGAGGCCUACUUGUUAGAAAGUUCGCUCCAUGUACUUACUCAGUCCAAGCCUCACGCUCAUAGCUAGCUCAGCACUCCGUGCUGUUUGUGAGUCUAUCUCUAACGCCUGAACGAUAUGAAUCGCUACACCACCCGGCGACGAGGCGAAACAAUAGACAAACAGGAGCAGCAAGUCGAAGCGCAUCCUCGUCCACCAGUGACCCAGCACCUUCAGGAACAGAAUUCGCGCACCACGCUCCGAUGGAUCUCCCAGAGGUCGUCCUGCUUAAGUACGCAGCAGCCGCCAACCUGAAAAGCAGUACUAAUUUCUACACGUAGUGCAGCCGUUAGCAAAGUGAGUAAUUGUCGACAAAGAUCACACUGUCACUCAGCUACGUACCACUUGGAGGCUGUGUCGGAGUUCAACUUUUUCAAUCGCUAUAGCCGUUUUCAGUCAACACCUAUACGAAAUCUCCUGACCAUUCUCCCCCCCUUUGUUUGAAAAUCGAAUAUCAACCCACAUCAGGUGAUACGGUUUGUAUGACGCUCAAACGAAAUGAAUUGGAAGACCCGCUGGUGCCAUACAUGGCAAAGCUCCAGCACGAGCGCAACCACCGCGCUUAGGGAGUACCCGGGAGGGUGGUUAGUGGCUUGCUUUGGGUUUUUUUCUUUGCUCUUUCAAAUUCGUACUUUGAUGAAAGUCAUGCUAUCGCUGGCCAAGUAUCCCUGUGUCAACAUUAGGAUGGGCAGAGCUCGACUAUCGAUAAAUUAGCUUAGCUGUACAUAGAAGAAGCCGCCCGUGAGUAAUCUUGUAGUAGUCGAACAAAAUAUAUCAAGUAAAGAUUUUUCUGUGUCUGAAAUAAGAAGUCCUAGGCAGAUUCUAACUCAGCAUUCUUUCUUGUUGAGAACACAACCUCAGAGCCGAAUGAAAAUGCAAAGCACUUGUAUCUCCCGGUGGGUGCGCGAGCGUGCUUACUGGCUGAUGUAAAUCUUAUGUGAAUUUUAUGACUCGUGAAUCUCCAUGUCCAUGAUAUUAGAUUCAGGAAUCAAAACCAUACCGAUAGUGUUACAAAAUUAGACGUCUUAGUCUUUGGUCGCUUGUGGUUCGGUGUCUGGGCUUACCUUUCAGAUUAUUGGCAAGCACGUUUAGCUAAGUGUUAAGGUGGCACCAGUAUCGGCCAACAUUAGCGCUUGUCAUUCUUAAGAUCGGGGUAGAGGCACACCAGCAGACCACUGCCUCAUGCCGAGUACUCUCAAGGAAGACAAAAUGAGUUGACAAGUAACUACUUAGGGCAUCCGUCAUCGGGGUACACCAAAGAUCAACAUGCAGUUACAGCUAGAAAUCGGAAUGCUUUGCUUUCUUGCUUGCAAUAUUAUGAUUGUGCUUUGUAUAACUCUUUGAAUAAGCUUUGUUUUGACACUGAAGCUGCAUGCGUGGCGUGAAAGUGAAAAGUAGAAAGUAGAUCAUCAGUAGUACUGUGAUGUAAUCAAAUCAGAUGCAGUAUUGAUUAGGAUUACGGCGUUGUUUGUCCUCUUCGCCAAUUAGCCGCCGGCUGCAUUGACAUUGUAGUCGGAGGUGUGAGUCCAAAAUUUAGAGAGUAUCUAUGUAAGUGGAAGAUGUACAUCUGGAGUAUCUAGAGAGCUUCAUGAUGUGGCUCCACUUAGUAAAUGUCGGGUUCGUUGUAUAAUUCUUGUCGUCGAAUGAUGCAGAAUUACUAGCGUGAGAUCGUGUAGUUUUUUCAGAAAUUCAAAAUAUCAAUUGAAACCACGUAGUGUAAUUGUCUUUUUUUGAAGAAAAAUAUCAGUGAGACAGUUCGCUUGCCUAGUAAUAGUAUGGUGUUGGUGAUUCAAUGAAUGAGUAGAUAUUGAGAUGAAGAAUGUGUGAAGUUGCUAGUACAGUGCCCGCUGCGCUGAGACGAUGAAGCACAGCUACUCCUGCGUCGCAUGGACACAGUCUUUGUGCAGCUUACUAAGUAGAAAUAAAGAGAUGGGAAAACAGCAGGUGCAGGAACGACGAUCGUACUACCUGUAGAUACGAUUGGAAAGUUGAAUUUUGUUUAGUACCUGUUUUUGUUUAGUACCUCAGUCAAGCUCAAAUGGAAGAUGUACCUACCUCUAAUGAUAUUCAUAUUCCGAGUGGAAUAGGAAUCGGCCGAGACCAUGCUGUCUUGCAGUAGACCCUGUGGCAAUGAAGUUGCCUCCUGCUAAAAAAACGUCAAGAUAAAGUCGCGCUGGAAAAUCACAAUGAUGAUCAAGAAUUCAAAUAUUCGUUAAAUCCUUCUUCCUUAUUUUGAGUAUUGAAUAUAGACCUAUCUUCAGAAAAUUGCGUCCUUUCGUUGAUGUUCAAGAUUCUCGUCAUCUGACCAUUGUUUUCUUCAUCUGACUACUGAUCUUCUUUUCUUCGCUCUUAUUGAGAACGGGCUACCGGUGCUUCAAGAGUCGAAAUUGUAACACUUUGGCGUUCUUGGAUUAGGAUUUGUGUUUGUGCUGGGUGUGCAAGAUGAAAGCACAGUGUUGGACUAUCAAAUGACGCUCUUUUGUUGGUUUUCUUCAUCUUUGAGUCGAUUAUACAUUUGCCUGGUUUUUUCAGCAAUCAAUCAAUCAAGCAUAAUUAGGAACAAGCACAGAGACAGAAGUCGAUGUUUCAGAAUAUGCCUUCAAUCUCUGGCAUUGGUUGUGACUAUGUUCUGUCAGAGCAACAAUGUCAAAUUCGUUUCUACGAGCUAUUAAAUAUGGUGCAGAUUGAUUUUUUUUUGAUCAGCUUUCAGGCACUUGCACCUUUUGGAAGCAACAGGCACAAGAGGACGAGAG